AUCCCAGUGUGUAAUAAUGAAACAAGGACUCACAAUUAAUCAAAAUCCCGUUAAUAUUAAUAACUGACAUCAUGCUGGCGAUUUUGUUUUAGUUUAACACUGUUUGACCAUGGAUCUGGAUCAGACUCAGGCCAUUCCAAUUGACUACGAUGACGAUGAAACUGAUGAUGAGACAUCAGAAGUAGAAAAGAAACCUGUAGCAUACCUUAAACUUCCAUGCCAAAAAGGUGUUCCUGAAAAGUUGUACUCUCUUUUUGAAGGGGAUAAUGUGAUUGGAAGACAGGAAGGCUGUGAUGUGUGCAUACCUAUAAAGGCUUUGUCAAAACAGCAUGCUUGCAUUGAAAUAAAAGGAGAAAGCCAUCUGAUAUAUGACAAGGAAAGCCGUAACAAAACUCGCAGAGGAAAACUGUUCCUCUCUCCUAGUGUGCGGUAUGAGUUGAAGCACAAUGAUUCUCUUAUUUUGGCCGAUGUCCAUUGCAUCUUUCAGAUCAGUAAAGAGUUAAAUAUGGCUCACAUGUCUGGUUCAGAAACUGGUUCGGAGUCCAUACUGCCUGUUCAGACUACCUCGCUGACUACCACUAAUGGUAGUACAGGUCAGGGUGACCCACCGUCAGAAACUGUUGUCAUGGAAGAGGAGGAAGAUGAUGAAAACAGCAAUGACAGUGUCGACUUGUUGCAACCAACUCAGGCUUAUUCAAGUGAAAUUCCAUCAGCAGGGAAGAUGACUGCACAAUUUUUAUUUUCCACCAGAAUUAAAGAUGACAAAGGUGGUAAUAAUACAAACAGUGUUGCUGUAGAAGACACCCCUUUUCCAGGAAAAAAGACCAAAGGUUUAUCCACUCUGGUGCUGCCUGAAUCAGAAUCUGAAGCAGAUGAUAGUUUUCUUGGUCAAUUACCCCAAACUACUCUCCUGUUUCAAGAUGAAAAAGACACGUCUGGUGAAGCGGAUUUGUUAGGUGCCCCGACCCAGUCUUUCCUUGCAGAGAGUGACCUGGAUGAAAACGAGGAAGACGAGGAUAUCACAAAAACCAAGACUCUACUCAGUGCAGCCACCCAGUUAUGUCCAGACACUGCCAGUGACUCAGAUGACGAGGACGACACAAAAACAAAGUCUUUACUGAGUGCAGCCACCCAGUUGUGUCCUGAGGUUGCCAGCGACUCAGAAGAUGAAGAUACGACCAAAACAAAGACCUUACUGAGUGCAGCCACCCAGUUGUGUCCUGCGGUUGCCAGCGACUCGGAAGAUGCUGAGGACCAAGCAGCUUUGUACGCUCCCACACAGGCGUUUGUGGAGAACAGCUGCUCCGAUUCAGAGGAUAAGAAGAGUGCAGCAUCUAAGUCAGAAAAAAUAAAAUUGAGUAAAACCUCAAAGGGUGGUCAAGAACCCACUGUUGCUUAUGACAUGGAAGUUGACCAAGUUGCAGAGACUCAGAGUUUUCUUGAUGAUGGCGAGGAGCCUGACAAAGCAGGUGUGAGAUCAGAAAGAGUUUCAGCACAAGAACCAGAAGACCGGGGCCAGAUGCCAACCCAGGUGUUUGACGAGAAUGAGGAAGACGGUGACGAGCAGGAAGACCUGAAUCACUUGUUCACCGCUCCGACUCUGGCCUGCGAUUUGCCUGACGAGGAGAGUGAUGGCGACAAUGAGGUGACAGCAGAUGAAGCAACACAAGCGUUUGGAGACAAUGCCUCGCUCGUACUGGCUGUGUCUGUAAACGAGAAGGACCAACUUGAUGAUAGCACGCAGGUGAUAGCUGAUGAAGAUGCCACUGUUGCUGUGAUUGGCAAGGUGGAAGAUAAGCCAAAUUCAUCCACUAGUGAUGAGGAUGCCACUCAGGUUUUUAAUGAUGUGACUCAAGCAGUGGAAGAACCUAAAACAAAGCACAAGGGUAAAAUAUUGAAUAUUUCUUCUGAUAACGAUGCUACUCAGACGUAUAAAAUUGAUGAUGAUUCUACACUUGCUCUAGAGCCAGAAAAAAGAUCAAGAGGUCAGAGGUCGAAGGGCACGGUUCAGGUUGCUGAUCCUGACAAUAUUGAUGCUACCCAGGUCUUUGAAAUGAGAGAUGAUGCUACCCUUGCUGUGGAAGAACCAGAAGGAAAAGCAAAGAAUAAGAAUUCGGCGCUGGCAAAUGUUCCGUCUGAUGAUGAUGCGACCCAGGUCUUCGAAAUGGCUGAAGAUGCUACACUUGCUGUAGAAGAACCAGAGAGGAAGUCCAAAGGUCAGAGGUCAAAGGAAAAUGUUCAGGCAUUUGACAUGGCAGAUGAUGCUACGCUUGCCAUAGAAGAACCAACCAAUAAAGCCACGGGUCAGAAAUCGGUGGAGAACAUUCCCUCUGAUGAUGAUGCGACCCAGGUCUUCGAAAUGGCUGAAGAUGCUACACUUGCUGUAGAAGAACCAGAGAGGAAGUCCGAAGGUCAGAGGUCAAAGAAAAAUGUUCAGGCAUUUGACAUGACAGAUGAUGUUACGCUUGCCAUAGAAGAACCAACCAAUAAUGGCUCGGGUCAGAAAUCGGUGGAGAACAUUCCCUCUGAUGAUGAUGCGACCCAGGUCAUCGAAAUGGAUGAAGAUGCUACACUUGCUCUAGAAGAACCAGAAAGAAAAGCCAAAGGUCAAAAGUCAAAGAAAAAGAUUCAGGUUCUUUCAGAAGCUAAUGAUGAUGAUGCCACCCAGGUUUAUCAAACUGCAGAUGAUGACACUCAGGUUUACCAGACUGCAGAUGAUGCCACUCAGGUUUACCAGACUGCAGAUGAUGCCACUCUUGUAGUAACAGAAUCGGAAAAGAAACCUAGAGGACGCAGAUCAAAAGUCAGUACCCCAUCUUUGGCUAGUAAACACACAGAUCAAAAAUCAAAAACUGAAACCAUGAAAGAGACUGUUCCAUCUGAUGAGGAUGCAACUCAGAUUAUUGAAAUGGAGGAUGCAACUUUUCCCACUGAAGAAAUGGAAGAUAAGAACCAAAAUGUAUCUAUAGACAGCCGUGGUGAUCAGUCAAAACCAAGUAUUCCAGCAGAUGAAGAUGCAACUCAAACAUUUGCUGAAUCCAAUCUUAGUGUUGAGGAACCCAAAGUAACCAAAAAGACAAGAGGGAGACCCAAGAAAAAGGUAGUGGCAGAUAAAAAACAAGUGGCUUCAAAGGAAGAUUUGAACAAAACAAAACAGAAUCAAACAACAGUUGAUGAACAUACGGUUUCUGCCAUAACUAAAAACACUAGUAUUUCUCAAAGCCAAACAGAAAAGAUAUCAAACAGAAAAGGUUUACGGAAUGCUAAAGAAACUCUAUCAGAUUCAGACAAAGUAUUAAAAAAGGAUUCACAUUUACCUGCAGUAUCCAUUGCGAAAGGCAGAAGAGGUAGGUCAAGAAAAGGCAAUGCUGAUAGCACUAGGGUGAACGUUCCUGCUAACGAGUCAUCUACAAGUGCACUGGUUGAUUCUGAAGAAUCUACUCUGCCACUUGAUAGUGAAAACAUGGAUUUGGAAACAUCAGCUAAAACAGCAGACGAAGUGUCUUCCACACCAACACAGGGUGAUCAAAAUUUGGAAGCUACACAAGCUUAUGGAGUUGAAAGUGAAUCAUCAACAAACAAAGAGGCGACAAAAUCGAAAAGGUCUUCACGAAGGCAGACGACUGGUGCAAUGACAGCAACAUCUAGCACACGAGCUGGAAGCAGACGGUCUGUUCAACCUGAAGGUGCUGUCACAAAGAAGAGUGGAAAACAAAACAAAGAAGUUGAGCCAGCCCCACUGGAGGCAACUCAGGCAUAUGGCGUGGAUGAAGAAGAUACACCAGAGAUUGAUAUGCAGGUGGAAAGUCCAGAAAGGAGUCCUCUGAAAUCAUCACUAGCUAGUCCAGAUAAAAAAAGAAGUCCAUCGCCAUCUCCAAAAAGAGUGGCGUUUAAAACACAGAAAAGUUUAGAAAAAGAAAAAAAAGAAACUAUGCCAUCACCCCGAGGUCGUCCUAGGAAAAUCACUGAUGCUGAUAAAGAAGAAGAAUCCAAAGGAACUGAAGAGAAGAGGAGAGGAGAUGUGAGGGAGGAUAAGGAGGUCAGGGUAUCUAGGGGAAGAAAGUCUGAAACCUCAAAAUCUGAACAUACCCUUGCUGAGGUCAAGACUAAGACUCAAAACCUUGCUAUUGCAGCUUUUAGAUUUCAGGACUUGGAAGACUCUGAAGAUGACCUCAACAAGUCUGGCUUCUCUCGGAGGACAAGAAAACCUUUAAAGGCUUUGGCUGUUGGUGAUUCAGACUGUAAACAGAGUAAAGAUGUGGGUGGGUCAAAGGCUUCUGAUGUAGGUGAUGAGACAAGAGGCAGACGUGGUAGAUCUACUAGAGCAGAAUCUGCUGAUAAAAUUGAGGUUGCUGGAAAAGGUAAGAAAGAUGCUAAGAGACCGAAAGCAAUUGAUGGUGAUGUACUAGAAGGAUCCCCUUCUAUAAGGACAAGCAGGAGAUUCUUGUCAUCUGAUGAUGAUGAUCUUAAAAAUAAAAAUGAUGAGGAUGUGAAUGAAGCUGUUUCAGCCAGUGCUGCAUCAAAAGGGAAAGGUAAAACUAGGUCUGGUUCUGCAAGAAAGGAGACCGUGUUAAAUACUAACAAGAAUAAAGGUAAAGCAGAUGAUGCGACUAACAGUGAACUAAUUAGUGAAACAUCUGCAGAUAAAAAAAUGUCCAAAAGACAAAGAAAUGCUGUGGAUAAAAGUAAAUUAGAAAUUGAUAUUCAUUCAAAACAAAAAGUGGAAGAUACACUAUCAGGCAAGUCAACAAGAAGUCAGAAAGGAAGGAAAGCUAUUCCACCAGAAACAGUUGAAAAAUCUCCAAUAGAAAGUAAACCUUCUAGAAGGAGAAAAGCAUCUCCGGAAGUUAAUAAUAAUGGAGUUGAGCUGAAACAAACUAAAAUAGACAAAUUUGCCUCCUUGGAUUCAGGAGACAUGGCUCCUCCAGUGUCUAAAGCUAAGACGAAGAGUAAGCAGUCGUCUGCCAUUGUUGAAAAGUCUACUGAAGUUAAGACCACGACUGCUAGAGCUUCGCUGGCUCCCAGCACUGUGACAUCCGAUUCCAAGUCUAAGAAAGAUGAGAAGAUUCGCAGGGCGUCUGGACCUGCAGCAUCAACACCACCAACACCACUAGGGAAGAUUGACCAGUCUGAGAAUACCAGCAGGAAACGGCGAGGUCAGACUGACAGCCAGUCAAGUGAAGCCCAUAAUACACCAACAAAGAAAUCUAAAUUGGUGGCAGGGCCAACAACCCCCAGCAGUACGAGGUCCCCCAAAUCGGCCACUCCAAGUAUAAGAUCUCCAUCACUGAGGCAGACAUCACUGGCUACAAAACCUAAAGUAAUGUUCACCGGUGUUGUCGAUGAGCAUGGAGAAAAGAUUGUGAAGGACCUCGGUGGUGAACUUGUAACAUCCCUUCUGGAUUGUACUCAUCUGGUAACUGACAAGGUGAGAAGAACAGUAAAGUUCCUGGGUUGCCUAGCCCGAGGUCUGCCCAUCACUAACCCACAGUGGCUCAACGGCUGUAAGUCAGCUGGAACAUUCAUUGACUGUUCCAAGUUCCUGGUAUCCGAUUCAGCUGCUGAGAAACAGUACAAGUUUUCCUUGCACCGGUCAAUAGAGCAAGCAUCCACCAGGCAGAUAUUCACCGACUACAGGAUCCACGUGACUAAGUCGGUCCGCCCCGACCCGACACAGAUGAAAAAUAUACUGCAGUGUGCUGGUGCACAGUAUGUUCCUGCAAUGCCGAAGAAACUGGAAGAGAAGCUUAUUGUGAUAUCUUGUGAUGAGGAUAAGACUGCAUGUAAACCAGCACUGAAUGCUGGGAUUCCCGUGGUGUCUGCUGAGUUUGUCCUCACAGGCAUUCUAAAACAAGAACUCAAUGUCAAAAAAUAUCCUUUUAUUUAUUGGGUUUUUUUUUGUUGCUUUGAUGAAGUUAAAAGUGAGAUAGAGAUAAUUUUACAGUGGUGGUGUCAACUUUUGUGUUUAUCUCCAUAUUACGUUUUCGCAUUGAACUUCAUUUCUCGUAAACUAUGAGUCCUACAUGAAUGAAAUUUGAUUUAUAGUUCACCUUUAUAUGCAAGUUAAAUUUUUCUUUUAAUUUCAGACAUUCUAAUUUUUAAGUAAAAUACUCAGAAGCACAUACAUGUAGCUCAGUGUUACCGGUAUGUUUUUGCUUUUCUGUCCAUUUUUCACAAACUGCAAAUCCUAGAUCUUUGAAAUUUGAUUUAUAAUCACA